AUGUCUACUACACUCACUCAGAAAUGGUUGCGACAAAACCUACAUUCCUACUCACAAAAGGACAGGGUCUAUUCAGAUAUCGACGCUGCUUUGGCUCGCUUUCAAACCCUGCGUCCAAAAUCAGACAUUUACACCUUUGACGAUGGUCGCACACAGUUGCUGCUCUGUAUCCAUGGCUUACUCCCCAUAUCAUUUCGUCAGGCAUCCUACAACAUCCCCAUCAGUGUAUGGCUACCUCGUCAAUACCCUCAACAACCUCCAAUUCCCUAUGUCGUCCCCACCACCGACAUGCUCGUCAAGUCAGGCCCAUAUGUCGAUGUCAGUGGUAAAUGCAAUCCAGAGUAUAUUCAGCAUUGGGAGCGGAAAUACGAGGGUUGUAGUUUGUCAGCUUUGUUCGAAGCGUUCCAAGACCAGUUCUCGCGCGAACCCCCCGUUUAUUCAAAGCCGAAGCAACAACCUCUCACAGCCUACUCUUCCCACAACGGCAACAGCUAUGCGGUAAGGACGCCGCCGCCACUACCAAGACCCGCCCCAUCAACAUCAUCAACAUCAUCAUCAACCCCACCACCAAUACCUACACGGCCUGCGGAUCUCCACUCCAAUUCCUUGGAACUCCAGACAUCCACAGCACGCCCACUCUCCCCGCCUCCACUACCUCCACUUCCACCAGUCCUUCCGUAUAACGCAACCCCUCGUGCCCCAUAUUCAAAUCAUUCUACGCUCAAUCAACAAUCAUGGUAUGUUCCCCCUGCUCGGCCUCCACCCAGCUUCCUACCGAAUCAAACGCCCACCACGCAACAUCAACCCAACGAGAGCAGACUAUCUCAAUCUCCACCUCCACCUCCUCCGCCGCCGCUUCUACCUCUACAUUUCGCCCCUCCAAUGCGGUUGCCCGAGUCUAAUUCAACACCGACGCCAGCUCGAAAUCCACAGCUGCCCAUCGCGGACCUCCUCGACGGAGACGCUGACGUUCCGCGAGAAGGAAAUUCAAUACAAUCCCCGGUGCCUCCACGGCCAUUGAACCCGGAGCUUCUCAACUUACACACCCAAGUACACGCAAAAUUGACUUCGGAGCUUGAUUCACUCACUCAGGCGCUUGCCCUGGACGCGGAACGGCUGCGCGCUCACCAGAGUGACCUUCUUUCUGGAGAGCCCGUCAUCCAUGACGAGAUGGCCCGUCUAGAAGCAGUUCGCGAUGUCUGUCGAAAUGUAGCGUUUAGGACGAAUGGCGCUGUUCAACAGGUAGAAGCUAAUAUUUCAGAGCUCCGCCGGAAAGGUGAUCCCGAGGUUGAUGAACUUAUUUGUUCGACGAAUAUCGUUCACAAUCAACUUAUUAACCUCAUCGCCGACGAUCAUUCGAUUGAAGACACCGUCUAUCAUUUACAUCGGGCUUUAAAUACCGGUCGAAUUGAUUUGGAACGGUUUUUACGGACGACCAGAGUGCUGGCGGAGGAACAAUUUAUGAAAAGGGCUUUGAUAGAGAAGAUAUUAACGGGGAUUUCCACACUAUCAACUCCUAUUGCACCUUGGACGUAG